CCGGAAGUGAUCCCGGUACUGCUUCCGGAUGUUGUGACUCGUCCUGCUGCGUUUUGAAUUUCGCUAUGCAACACUGAUAACCUCUUUGUCUUGUCUUGUAACCAAGUUAGAUUAACAGAAAACUUAUCGGAAGCAAACAUUAUGCCAUCACCAUAAUAACAAACCGGGUUUGUUAAAAGUCUGGAUGAAUAUCGAUAAAUCAUCGGGAUAGCUAAUGAAGCUAACUGUACCUGUCCACGUUACGGUUCUCCGCUAACUUCACGACAACCCUGCAGGAUGUCCAAAAUUGAGCGUUUGAAUGCACGUGUGGCCAAAUUGUUGACGGAAGCUGUGCAGGAGGUUCUCGAGGUGGUUAAAGAGACGGUGUCAGAGUACCAGUCAAAAACUGCCCGAACACAGAGAGAGAAUGAGAGUCUGAAGAGAAGACUGCAGGAGCUUCAGGAACAGAUAACAAGAGAUAGAAAAGCUGCUUCUGCCAUAUGUUGUCUAAUACCUGAAGAAGACGAAGUCGCACCAAAUCAAGACCAGGAUUUGGGCCUCAGUUUGAGGCAUAACAGAGAACCUUCACUCAAAGAGCUAAAAGCUGGCCUCAUACCUGAACUUGAAGUAAAGCAGGAAUCAAACCAACAGGAAAGCUACGAUCAUGUUGAACUGCAGUCCGAGUGCAAGUCACCACAAACAACAGAACAUUGCAAUGCACCACAAGAGGAGGGAGCGCACAUUGUUGAGGAGGUAAUAUCAGUCAACACAUCACACCGUACUGAUAGGGACGUCAGUGCUGUGACAUCUAAUUCAGCAUACUCCUCUCUUUCCAACACACUGGGGUUGAACCUGGCUGUGAUCAAAAGAGAGCCAGAGGUAACAGACUGCACAUCAUCAGAGCAGCCAUCUCUUCGGGGACAGUACAGCGGAUGUGUAGAUUUAAGCUGUAACUCUUCUCGAUUCAGCUCUGUUGAGACACACAGACAGCAAGUCAGCGCAGAACCUCGCGGACUUCACUUUUCCCACUCAAACCAUGCCGUGACAAGGAGGCUUGGAUUCGCUAAAAGCAACAGGGCUACUUUUGAUGCGAGAAAAAUCCGGUUGGAUCAUUUGAGAGAGGAAAUACACGUGUGCGUUGUGUGUGGAAAGUCUUUCAGCAGAAUCGGGAACUUGAGAAUCCACCAGCGUUGUCACACGGGAGAGAAGCCGUAUGGCUGCGUUCAGUGUGGGAGGCGUUUCAGUCAGGCCGGAGACCUGAAAAAACACAAGAGGGUCCACACAGGGGAGAAACCGUACUACUGCAACCAGUGUGGAAAGAGCUUCAGUCGAGGGGAGAACCUGAAAAGACACCAGAAGAUCCACAUAGGAGAGAUUUUACAGCUGCAGCAGGUGUGGAGGGAGCAGCAGCAAUGAUUAUUAUUGGUGACUCACUACAAAUGAACAUACAGUUGUGCUCAUAAAUUUACAUACCCUGGCAGAAUUUAUGAUUUCUUGGCCAUUUUUCAGAGAAUGUGAAUGAUAACAAAAAAACUUUUCUUUCACUCAUGGUUAGUGGUUGGGUGAAGCGAUUUAUUAUCAAACAACUGUGUUUACAUUUGCAUAGUAAUUGCUUUCUUCUGGCGACUCGACCAUGCAGCCCAUUUUUCUUCAAGUGCUUCCUUAUUGUGCAUCUUGUAACAGCCACACCACUUUUUUCAAAGAGUCCUGUAUUUCAGCUCAACUUAUUCGUGGUUUUUCUCUGCAUCCCGAACAGUUUUCCUGGCAGUUGUGGCUGAAAUUGUUGUUGGUCUACCGGACUGUGGUUCGGUUUCAACAGAAUCCCUCAUUUCCACUUCUUAAUUAGAGUAUGGACACUGCUGAUUGGUAUUCUCAAGUCCUUGGAUAUCUUUUCAUAUCCCUUUCCUGUUUUAUACAGUUCAAUUACAUUUCCCACAGAUCCUUUGACAAUUCUUUUGCUUUCUCCAUGACUCAGAAUCCAGAAACGUCAGUGCAGCACUGGAUGAAAAAUGCAAGGGUCUGUCAGGAGCCCAGAAACUCACUGACCUUUUAAACACACACUGAUUACAAGCAAACAGAUCACAGGUGAGGAUGGUUACCUUUAAUAGCCAUUCAAACCUGUUUGUGUCAACUUGUGUGCAUGUUAUCAGGCCAAAAUCACCAGGGUAUAUAAACUUUAGAUCAGGGUCAUUUGGGAAGUUUCUGUUGUCAUUAUGAUAUAAAAAGAGGAAACAGAGUUGUUUGACAAUAAAUGGCUUCACCCAACCACUAACCAUGAGUGAAAAACAAGUUUUUCUCUUAUCAUUCAUAUUCUCUGAAAAAUGGCCAAAAAAAAUCACAAACUCUGCCAGGGUAUGUUUACUUAUGAGCACAACUGUACAUACUCAUUGAGAAUCAGUGAAGGAACCCUUUUACUCUUUAAAUUUAGUUUAGAAAUAGUUGCAAGGCGUUUGAUGUAAGAGCCACAGGAUAGAAUAGAAAGCUCUUGUUUAGAUUUUACAAGGAGUUGACAAGCACUUAAUGUUGUGAUAUGUUGCAGGUAGUAUGCUCCUUACGCAAGUCUUUUUGUCCCUCUGAUGAUGUUGAAACAGGGCUAUAAAAAGCAAUCAUGUAACCAAAGAGACUGAAGCUUUACAGACAUUUAUACACAGAUGUUAAAAUACCAGGUCAGCUUCUGCGUUACUUUCAGUCUACCAUUAUUUUUAGCCAAUGAGAUUUGUUGCUCCCUCUAACCUCAAUCCAACCUGUGCCAUGAUCAGCUGUCCUGAACACCUGUGGCCUUUGAUGAAGGCAUAAGAAAACUGUUAACAUAUGAAGGAUUUUUUAGACAAACUUUAAUUUCAAUGCAUUUUAUUAUUCAUUUAUUAUGGACAAUAUAAAAGAGAAACCUUUAAAACUGACAGAAGUCGUAUUGGUAAAUUGCUGCCACUAAAGAGCAGGUUUUAAAAUGUUAACUUAAGUGUGUGUUACACAGUGUUAUGCCUCUUUUGGUCAUGUGUAAAAUAAAUUCUCUCAUGUUAAGUGUGGAAAGCUGAUGACAAGUUUUGAAACUUUUUCAAAUCUGAAUGGCAUGACAGUCAUUUAAAUUGCCUGAUCAGAUGGACUGAUUGAUGCUUGUUGUAUGCUGGAUAUAUUUAUUGCAGGCUCGUAUGAACUGAAAAAAGUAGAGUUUGUUUAGCAGAAUCAAUAAAUUAAUUUAUUUCCCAUUUAAA